AUGGCACCUCAUCCCGACGAAGCGCUCCCCGCUAUUCAACUCUCGCUCGCAGACUUCAAUGAGUACGGACAACGCGUUCUUACCAAUCCCAACGAUGAGGACCGCAUUUACAGCUUUGUACGAUAUAUGUUAGGAGGGAGAUACGACGAUGACGACGAGCUGAAGCGUAUCUAUGUGAAUGCACGCCAAGGGCUCCGCGCACCAAUCCCGGUCACCCCGGACAAUCCGAACGGUUAUAUCGUGCGGCGCGAUUACGACUCUGUUAUCGGAGUCACUCGUACUUUGCCGUUUAAACACGGCAUCGCAGUGUAUCCUUUACCGCCAUUCAAAGAAGCUAUGACAAGUGAUAUGCAUCUCUCCCAUGAGGUCAGGCUGCGAAAUGAGUCUGUCAUAAAAGUGCCCUUACAUAAAAUUCCCAAUAUUGCUUUUGGAAAGUUGGAUGUCCGUGGGCAGACCAAUCUUUUCUUUCCAGCACUCUAUCGCCAAGGGCAGCGCACCACAGUGGAUAAAGAGAUCAUAGCCAAGUUCUACAACAAAGUAUUGCGUCCUGCACUGGCAAUGGAAGCUGAUGAACAGAUGAUUCGGUGGCCAGCUACCUAUGACCUUGCUAUGAAGCAGGCUAAGGACACCAGAGGAGAGUUCCACUUUGGUACUGUUGACGUUGGCGCUUUCUUGCUAGAAGAUUUGGAGAUCAGGCUUAUAGAAGAGAUGGACAAGCACCGUGAAUUCUGUGGUGCAUUCUGGGUCCAUACGAUACGAGGCAUCAAGGGUCGUACAGCUCACAACAUAGACCAUGUUUUUGACCGUGGUUAUCAACUGAAACAAGCACUUUCUUUCCUGGAUAUGGAAACCUCUAAUAUCAACUACAAGGAGUGGUAUAUUGACAUUGGAAUAGAGGUGUUCUAUCCCCAGCAUGUCUUGCAAUGGCUUAGGAAUGGACAUACCAAGAUCCUACAGCAUGUCUUACCUAGCGCAUCAAGGCAGCAAGUGCAUGCUCUUUACAAAAGCCAGGACCUCUUCAAAGUUGACUAUGAAGCUCAACUAACAGACUUUGCUGGAUUUCGAGCAACUCCUAAUUCCCGUGGUGUUCGGGAUGGCAUAGUGUAUAUUCAAGCAUACAGCCCAGCUAAGCAUGGUCAUUAUCAGAUGCACUCAGGCAUAUAUCGCCGUCGGAACGCAACGGACACCCUCCCUAGCAAUAUCAAGGCUCUUAGAGCAGAUUGCGGGUCUAUCUAUCAACUCUUCGCAACAUGCCGUGGCAAUGCAGAUCCCGACGAAGAACAAGAUGCCUCUGCACGUUUAGAAGCCCGUGUUCGCCUGGAUUGCGCUGAAAACACGCUCACAACAUUUGCUGAAGACUUGGUCAAUGAUACAAUGAUAGCAGUACCCAUUGACAUCUGGUGGCAUUUCAAGAUGGAGAGAGUUGCUGCGCUCAGUUAUGUUUUUGAGUCCCUUCAAAGUCAACCAUCCACAGUCCGUAUCCAUGAGUGUAGCCUUGCACUUGGAGCAAUGUCUGUCUACAUACUCAAUGCGCUCCUGUAUCGCCCUGGAGAGCAAGAGGGCGACCGCGAGCUGGCUGAAGCAUGCGCCAUGUUUAUGGAAGAAGUGAAUCUGGACAAUGUGGAGUAUUCUGACUCGGAUGAUGCCGAGGAAUAUGAACUGGUGCCUGUCGGACGCAAACAAGGCUUAUAUUUUUUUGCCGAUAUUGUGGACAAUGAUCGUUUCAUGGAAGAAAACCAUUUCCGUCUGGCCAUCACACAUUUCAAAAACAAGAGCCUCUCGCAAAUCAUCGCAUUCAAAUACGGCGUCGAUCUAGUCACGGAUUUAGAGCCCAGAUUCGGGCUGAUCAACUUGGUUGCACCAAUGCGCAGAGCCCACCCAACUCGCCUCAAUAAUCGCGCUCCCAUUACGGCGUCCAUCACUGACUUCGAAGACGCUCCGCCCAAGAUCAAUUUUGGCUUUGAAGAAAGAGGAAUAGCAUUAACCUCGAAUCUUGGACUCCAUGGCAAUGACGUCGAUAUUGCCGAGGAAGAGGAAGAGGAAGAUGAAAACGAAGACGAACUUACGCGGAAACUUACCAACCUGUGGUACCAGAUGUUCGUGGACCUCAUGUGCCUGGCCCCCAAUCGCAAAAAUAGCGUCAAUCCAUCUUAUUGCAGCAUGCCCAAAUAUUUACGCAUGACGGCUAAGCCUGAUCUAUUCCAACAAUAUGAGCUCCCGUUCUAUGAAGUCAAUUACAAAGUGGCAACAGGAGCAGAAUGGUCCUCUCUAUUCGACUGUUUAUUUCCUAAGAAGACCGCCGCACCUCGUACUCGCAAACUACAAAACUAUCCCCUCGCUAAAUACUGGAACACGUAUAUUAUCCUUAGCUUGGAUUCCAGCAGCCAACAGCGAGCGCAUCUGGGAUUCAAAAAGUAA